UGGGGUCGUAAAACCGCGAUUUAUCUAGGCAGCGUCCUAUUCGUAAUUGGUGCAGUUCUCCAGGGCGCUGCAUACACGAUUGCACAGAUGGCCGUAGGCCGCGUCAUUGUUGGGUUCGGUGUUGGAUCGGCCGCAAUGAUUGUGCCUCUUUACGUCGCAGAAAUCGCCCCGUCUAAGGCCCGCGGACGCCUUAUCGGUUUAAAUAAUGUGUCGAUUACUGGAGGUCAGGUCAUCGCUUAUGCCAUCGGUGCUGCCUUUGCUAGUGUGCCCCAUGGAUGGCGGGUUAUGGUCGGCCUCGGUGGCCUGCCUCCCAUUAUCAUGGCUUGUCUAAUGCCGUUCUGUCCCGAAUCUCCUCGCCAUCUUGUUUAUAAGGGCCGAAUCGAGGAGGCUCGUGAGGUACUGCGCAAACUCUAUAAUGGUGCUACUGAUGUCCAAAUUGACGCCGUGCUUGCCUCUAUCCAGGCUGGAUGUGAGGAAGCACGCGCCAUUAGCGGAGAUGAGGGAGGCUGGGCAAAAAUUGUACGGAUGCAUACUGUCCCCAGCAACUUCCGGGCCCUCCUCUGUGCCUGCGGCUUGAUGGUCCUCUCACAAAUUUCUGGAUUCAACACCCUGAUGUACUACUCUUCCACCAUAUUUUCUCUGGUGGGCUUCACCAGUCCGACAGCUGUCGGUCUCGUGGUUGCGGGAACCAAUUUCAUAAUGACGUUUGUCAACAUGGUCCUGGUUGAUCGUCUUGGCCGUCGACGCCUGCUUUUAUCCACUGUUUGGGGAAUGUCUGCUGGCUUGAUAGCUGUAUCAGUGGCCUUCAGCUUUAUCCAUGUCGAUGUUAAUGCGACUGACAUCGCACCCCAAACAGUGACCGCGCCCGCGAUUGUGGUAUUGGUCUUUAUUAUCUGGUUCGUUAUUUUCUACGGCGUAUCUGUCGGCAACACGGCAUGGAUGAGUGCAGACUUCUUCCCUCUGGAAGUGCGAGCCAUGGGAACCAUGUGGAUGACUUGUUCAUCCUGGGCAAGCAACGUCAUUGUUUCCAGCACUUUCCUGUCAAUGACCAAUGCCAUGACAAUGGCUGGUACAUUUGGCUUCUACGCGGGGAUCUGCGGUGUUAGUUAUAUUUUGAUCUAUUUCUUUUACCCAGAAGUUUCGGGACUGGUCCUGGAGGAGAUCAAGGAGGUGUUUGAACAUGGGUUCGGCGUGAGAUACGCCAGGAACCUUAGGAAAGAGCGGAAGGAUGUUAUCGAAGAAAGGCUGAGGGCUUAGCGUCAAUGUAAAUCACAAUACCUAUAGAAGAAUGGAUGAAGUCUCCGCUUAGGAGCAUUUGGAAUAUUGACCCUGU